AGUACCUAAUAUACAAUACAACCUCACUUUUUAAUAUUGUGUCAAUUUCAGUACAAGAAAUUAGAACAUGUUUUAAUUUUUAGUACUAAAUCGGCGCGCGCAUCUAAUUUGUAGAUACAAUAUUUUUAGUACUAAUUUCAGUACUAAAUUUAGCAUAGUGGCAAGCGGACCUCAGGUACGGCUCUUGAAUAUUCAAGUCUAUAUUCACGGAUCCUGGCCGGAUAGCCCUAGUAGCUAAGGCCAUUCAAAUGAAGAAGAAGAAGACUUGGAAUUUUUUUUUGAGGUUAGGUUAGUUUUUAUUUUUGAUAGUACAUAUUAUUAAAAAUAUUAUUAUUAUUAUAGAAGAUAAAUGUAAUAUAUUAUUUAUAUACCAUUACUGAAACAUAUAAAAUUAUGUUUAAUCAAAGUGAAGUAAAACAAGAAGAUAGGGAGACAACUUGCAAAACUGAAAUAGAUAAUGAAGUGGAUGAAUUUCCAGAGGAUACUUUUAAAAUUGAAAUAAAAGAUGAACCUAUCAGGGAAAGUUCAAAGGAUACAUUUGAUUAUCUAGCUGUUAAGAAAUGUCCUAUAAAAGCUGAAAUAGAACAAGAUGAUGGUUUCUCUUGCAAAGAUAUGAAAACUGAUGCCGAUAGCCUAUUAACAAAUCAUGAUAGAAGUGACAGUACCAAUGUGAACACUGGAGGACAACGUUUUAUAUGUAUCAUUUGUAAGAAACCUUUGUCGAACAAUUAUCGUUUAAAACUACAUAUGAGGAUACACACUGAGGAAAAAUCAUUUGAAUGUGAAACUUGCACCAAACAGUUUUCAAGAAAGGAUCAUUUAAAAACACAUAUGACAGUGCAUUCUUAUCAAAAACCAUUUGGAUGUGAGAUUUGCACCAAACAGUUUUCAAGAAAGGGUGAUUUAAAAACGCAUAUAACAGUGCAUUCUGAUCAAAGACCAUUUGAAUGUCAAAUUUGCAUCAAAAAGUUUUCAACGAAACAAAUUUUAAAAUCGCAUAUGUCAAGGCAUACUGGUGAAAAACGAUUUGAAUGUGGAAUUUGCAGCAAAAAAUUUUCAAGAAAGAGUGAUUUAAAAGCAUAUAAUAUUAAAGUGCACACUGAUGAAAAACCAUUUGGUUGUGAAAUUUGCACCAAACAGUUUUCAAUAAAACACGAUUUGAAAAGGCAUAUGAGAGUGCAUACUGGUGAAAAACCAUUUGAAUGUGGAAUUUGCAGCAAAAAAAUUUCAACAAAAAGUGAUUUAAAAGCACAUAUUAUUAAAGUCCACACUGAUGAAAAGCCAUUUGGUUGUGAAAUUUGCACCAAACAGUUUUCAAUGAAACGCGGUUUAAAAAGGCAUAUGAGAGUGCAUACUGGUGAAAAACAAUUUGAAUGUGGAAUUUGCAGCAAAAAAUUUUUAACAAAGAGUAAUUUAAAAGUACAUAUUAAAGUGCACACUAAUGAAAAACCAUUUGGUUGUGAAAUUUGCACCAAACAGUUUUCAAUGAAACGCGAUUUAAAAAGGCAUAUGGGAGUGCAUACUGGUGAAAAACCAUUUAAAUGUGAAAUUUGCACCAAACAAUUUUCAAGAAAGGACCGUUUAAAAGCACAUGUGACAGUGCAUUCUGAUCAAAAACUAUUUGAAUGUGAAAUUUGCACCAAACAGUAUUCAACAAACAAUAAUUUAAAAUGGCAUAUGACAAGGCAUACUGGUGAAAACCCAUUUGAAUGUGCCAUUUGCACCAAAAAAUGUUCAACGAAGGGUAAUUUAAAAGCACAUAUUAUGGCAGUGCAUACUGAUGAAAAACCAUUUGAAUGUGAACUAUGCACCAAACAGUUUCCAACAAAGCUUACUUUAAAAUCGCAUAUGACAAGGCAUACUGGUGAAAAACGAUUUGAAUGUGGAAUUUGCACCAAAAAAUUUUUAACAAAGAGUGAUUUAAAAGUACAUAUUAUUAAGGUGCACACUGAUGAAAAACCAUUUGGUUGUGAAAUUUGCACCAAACAGUUUUCAAUGAAACACGAUUUAAAUAGGCAUUUGAGAGUGCAUACUGGCGAAAAACCAUUUGAAUGUGAAAUUUGCACCAAAAAAUUUCCAAGGAUGCGUAAUUUAAAAACGCAUAUGGCAAUGCAUACUAAUGAAAAACCAUUUGGAUGUGAAAUCUGCAUCAAACAGUUUUCAUCGAGACAAGUUUUAAAAUCGCAUAUGAGAGUGCAUACUGGCGAAAAACCAUUUGAUUGUGAAAUGUGCUCCAAACAAUUUCCAACAAAACAACAUUUGCGAUUACAUAUCAGAGUGCAUACUGGUGAAAAACCACAUGGAUGUGAAAUUUGCACCAGACAGUUUUCAACAACGAAUCAUUUAAAAGCGCAUAUGAGAGUGCAUACUGGUGAAAGACCGGUUGAAUGCGAAAUUUGCACCAAACGACUUUCAACGAAACAAGUUUUAAAAUUGCAUAUGAGAGUGCACACUGGUGAAAAACCAUUUGAAUGUGAAAUUUGCUCCAAACAGUUUUCAAUAGAGAAUAAUUUAAAAAGACAUAUGGCAGUCCAUACUGGGUGCACAGGGUAAUUUAAAAGCGUACAGAGUGAGUUUUAUGUAUGGAAACCCUCAAUUAUCGGGGGUAAUUACACAAGUGCAUCAAAAUUAUAGAUAAUUUGACUUGAAAGCGUAUUACCUAAAAACUACUAGAGUUCAUUUGCUGAGCCAAAAUGUGAAAAUAAACGAGAGUAGUUUUUAAAAGACAAUACACUUGAAAGCUAAAUUAUUUGAUUAUUUUGAUGCACGAGUGUAAUUUAGGGAGAAAAUUACUCGAAGUGAAACUAUCAAAUGAAGAAAAAAUAAUAAUUUUCUAAACAAUGUAUUUAGCAAGACAAUACCCAAUCUUAAAAAACUAAUAAUUAGUAAAGACACUGUUAUAAUAA